GUCUCUUGGUGGUGGCCGCGCACCUCCGCCAAGUUUCACGCUGCGUGGAACGAAACUCGUACGCGAUCAGCUCACCGAGCCCGGCUUCCUUACGUAUGUGCUCUCUCUCUCCCUUUCUCUCUCACUAUCACUCACUCUCUCUCUCUCUCUCUCUCUCUCUCUCUCUCUCUCUAAUUUUCUCGUUUAUUUUCUAUCUCUUUCUUUCUCUCUUCCUCUCUGUUCCUCCCUUCCUCCCACCUCUCUCUCUCUCUCUCUCUCUCUCUCUCUGUCUGUCUCGCUCUCUUUCUCCAUCUUUUUCUCACGGUGUGUCCUACGAAGAACGAGACGAGAACGAGAAUACGGACGACCGACGACGACCAGUCGUGUCGUUCUGGAUGUGCGCGCGCGUGCCGAUCGAUCGAAAAAUAGCCGGCGAGUGAGAGAGCGAACGAGCAAGCAAGCGAGGAAGCGAGCGAAGGCGGUACUUCGACGAGAGCUACUCGUUUCGCAAGGUUCUCGCGAACGUCGUACCGUCGGCUUUAAGAGCUCCAACGGCUCACGAGAGAUUCCAAGAGGAAAAGGAAGAAGAAAGGAAGAAGAUGACGAAGGACGGCAUCGCGAUGGAUUAUAGUACCCAACGUUCGAGCUGACCGAACGUUGAAAAGUUCGAUCGUUCGAGAACGACGCAGAGUCUUUUCGUCGAUCUAUCUUCUCUCGUGUUGUCCUCGCGUCGUGUCGUGUCGUGCGCGCGCGCGCACGCCCGACCGUCCACUGACCGUGCCGCGUUCGCUCCUAGUGUGUGUCGUGUGCUCUGCCUCAAGCCCGUUGAUUUGUCGCCGCUUGAGAAAGGUGGGGAUAACGGGAGUGGGACAGGCUGUGCGUGCGUGCGAGAGAGACAAGCCGACGAACAAAGUGGGACGAAGAAAAAAGGCACCACCUAGUGACAGUUCCUUCUUUUUUCUCCCUCUCCUUCUCCCUCUACCUCUACCUUUUUUCUUUCUUUCUCUCUGAUCCUCUCGCACCAUAUUAGAAUACUAAUCCUACGACUGAGCGAGCGAUCCCUUGUUUUAAGAAGAAAAACGACAUCAGUGACUAUGCUAAUUCGUACGGACUUGGACUUGGACUUGGUUGCGAUUUGUUUAAUUUCAGCGAAUGACAGGACGAAUGUGCUUUGCCACGGAGGAGAGAGAAACCAAGAACGGCGUUACCUUUCGGCCGCAGGAAAAUUGGUCUCGUAGGCGGGGCCUAAGGUCGGGGACACGUGACACCGAGGAAACUGUCACGCCGCCCUUGUCCUCCCCCUCUCCAACCCCAGCCAACUUCUCCUCCUCUUUCGCUUCGUCACCCCCACCAUACACACCGUCUCUAUCCUACAUCGUCGGACUACCGAAAAGUUAGGAUUUUGGAGGUGUGUUAUGCGAAGGAAGUGCCUUUUCUAUUUGAUCUGUCCUAAAAAUGGAGAAACGUUCGUCUCUCGUCGAAUCCCAUUCGCGCCUGAAAUGUCGUGAAAUUUCGGAAGAAAAACGAUGACGACGGAGAAACGACGUUUCUUAUCGUUGUCCUGGUGGAUUUUGAUUUUUCGUUUAGAGUCCCCAGACAUGCUUUCUUUUAGAUCGUACUUUGAUGCACGAAUCACGUGGCACGGAAGAUCGUUCAACGUUUCAGGUUGGUGAAGAGAACGAUGAGAUUAUCGACGAAGGAGUGUCGAUCCGACACCUGAGAGAAAGAGAGAACAUCGUGGAGAAAAUGCAGCAAGCUAGCGUGGGUGGCUGCGAAGGGGAUUUGGAUCAGCGGAGGAGUCCGUGUGCAAGGUCUCCGCAGGUGAAGUGCGAGCCGUCGAGCGACAACAGAACUAUUAGCAGCGAGCUGCUCGAUAACGGCAGAGUGAAAGUGAAGCUGGAGAUGCCGGAGCCUACCGAAGGUUACGAAUCUAAGCCCGAAUCACGAGGAGAUGAUUAUCAUCAUCGUCCGGAUUUGGACUACGGUUACGAACGAAAACCCGAAGCUUUUCUCGGAAAAUUCGAGAGCUCUGAUUAUCCCGCUCACUGUCAAGGGAUAGGAGGAGGAGGAACAGGAGGAACAGGAACAGGGACAGGAACAGGAACAGGAGGAGGAGGAGGAGGGACAGGAGGAGUUUAUCAACGUCCCGAUAUAACAAAUUCGACUUUCGGUUUUCCUCGCUUUUAUGGACCACCUACGAGCGCACAACCUCCGCGUUUACCGGAUGCUUUCUCGAGUAGACGUAUCGACGAGCCUAAACACGAGGAUCAUCACGAUCGAGAACGAUCGUCGCACGAUCGACACGCAGCUUAUAGGAUGGCGGUAUCCGCGCUCACAAACGACGGCUACCUUCGUGAUCAUCAUCAUCAUCAUCAUCAUCAUCAUCAUCAUCAUCGACCUCCUCAUCCUCAUCAUCCUUCUUCACUUCCUUCUCAUCAUCACCAUCAUCACCAUCAGCAGCAACAACAGCAGCAAUGCUUUGACGAUUAUCAUCGAGCUAAGGCAUCGGCUUAUCCAUCCUUAUCCUAUCCACCCUUCAGACCGUCGUCCGUGCCGCAACGUGCUCCUUACGGUCCUAAUCAUCAGAACAAUAGCAUCUACAGGACCACCGGACAAUAUCAAAACAGGCAACAACGAAAGUGGAGCAACGCGACGGCUUCUCUUCGUGGGUUGCAACCAUCGAUACCUUGGCCAACGUGGUUCUUCCGGCCUGAUUUACCUCUCGCUUCGACUCUGCCUACCAGUCACGUUGCAAAUUCUAGCAACGUCAGCAGUUCGAACGUUUUGUCAUCUAGAUCUCAUCAGGAUGUUCAAAAGGGAUCGGAGAAUCCUUACAGUAACAAUAGGAUUCAUGGACAAACGCCGACUAUCUGUACGUCUAUAAGAUGUACCGUCAAUGGCUGUACCUGCGAGUCUUUUACUCCUGGCAAACGUCAUCUUCGUUAUUGCGGAAAAUGUCAUCACGGAUGGGUGCCGCACGCGUUAGCACGGCUGUCAAGCCUCCAGAAGCAGCAGCAGCAACAGCAGCAGCAACAGCAGCAGCAGCAGCAACAGCAGCAGGAGUCUCAGCAGCAACAGCAACAGCAGCAGAGGGUCGCCAGUGGUAGUAGUGGUGGCAGCACCGUUGGAGAAGGAGGCGGAGGAGGAGGAGACGUCACCGGUGUCGCUGGAGGUGGUGGUGGUGGUGGUGGUAGUGGUGGGAGUAGCGGUAGUGGGGAGCGUAACGGCGCUGGCGGUGCCACUGCCGAUGCUGGUGGUGGUGGUAGUGCUGGUGGUGGUGGCGAACUCGCGGAGAAGGAGGAGAGGCCGCCAGCUUCAGAGACUGUCGAGCCGACGGCCGCGUUUGACGUCGCAUCCCUCGUACUCUACGGCUCGCGCGCACUCCCGAUACGCCUUAAGAUCUUGCUCGAUCAGUUGUUCAACCAGUUGCCCCACGCGCAAGUGACACGUCUACUAGCCGCCUUUGGCUGGACCUACGAGGAUUAUACGCGAGGAUACAUACUGCAGUGCCCAAGACAAGAUUUUCAUGAGAACUGA